AUUACAGCGAUGACGCUUCCAGUUUCGAGCUAUGAGGAGCUUCUCAUUCAGGUACGUCAGCUCACUCACGAGACGAUCCUUCUGCAACAUCAAUUGUCCUCCGACCUCUUCGACAACGCCGAUCCGCCGGACGUGAAUCACAAUUUCUCCUACGUGCAGAAAAAUUAUGAGAAAGGGAAUCUCCUGACAGAUAACGUUAUACGGCAUUGCGAUAAAACCCGGGAAAUCGAGACAGGACAGAAUCCCUUUGUUGAAUGCAACAGCUUGAGAUCCCAGCCGCGAUACUGUCACGAUUUGGAAUCAUCCGAGAGCAACCGAUCGGGCGAGCUCACCAGCCGGCUUUUGGCCUGGCGAAGUCGCGACCGGUACCAUCCGAUAGCCCUGCAGGGAUCACCCUUCGCCAGCGAGAGAGAGAAACCGGAGCAUGAUGAAACUGCCAGAGGGGAGGUGGAAUUUAAUUCGCAAGCAUGCGCCGCGUCCGUGAGGGGAAAAAUCAUCGGUGGAGUUGCCGCUACCCCGCCGCCGCCAUCGUCGCUGCCCGAUGUUAUUGAUCAGGGACCCCCUUUCGUUUUCCCACCGAAAUGGUUAAAAUAUAUCGCACCGUGGGACACACGGCGGAUUGGCGCCCCCCCGUUCUCUUUUACGCGCGCGCGCGCGCGCGCAAAACUUCGCAACGCGUAAACUAAAUUUAUUGCGUUUGAGUGUCUCGCGGAGAGAUGCUUUACGAUCGCGCGCGCAAAAAAAAAAGCAAAUUGCCGGGAGAAUUAUUAAUCGUGAAAUGUUAGAAGCAAUUUACGUGACGCGGCUAAAUAACGCGCGGUGUAAAUAACAUCGUGCGAGCGAUAGCGAUCGAAU